UCACUAUUCGAGUUGUACACUCUGCAGGAAUCAACUUUACACGUACUCUCGUGAGUCAAAAGGGCCAUCAGCACUAAGUAUUGAACCAACAUCCUGAUUUGCUCACAAUCCGAAGUUGAGGCGGAAAUCAAGCUCCAACUUGGAUGGCUCCUCCAAACCUGGAACUGGUGCUCCUGUAGAAUGUCAGAUGCAGUGUGUCUCGAGGAGCAUGUGAAGCAGAGGAAACAAUGAAUGUUGGACGAAGAAGAACUGAAGCAGGAGAGGAAGUUUCUGGAUGCGCUUAUCGGCACACAAUUUGAUCGAAGCAUUGUUCUCAUGUGAGAUUUUCCUGUUGUGGUUACCUGUAGGUUUGUGGCGGAUCGAGGGAUGAAGGUGGGUAUGGCGGUUUGGAUUUCCAGGAAUUUUGCAGUGUUGGGUUUGAAGCUGCCGUAAUUGGUAGAGGGGGAGAAAUUCUCUCGAGGGAGGAAUCGGAUACAUCCAGAUGCAGUUACAUUUCGCGGCUGACUUCUUGUUGGGUGAAGAAUCUGACGACCUAAGAUGGGCUGCGUGGCCAUGGAAGUCUCCUCAAAGGACCUUCAGCUAGUACUGAAUAUGCUGGGGUCGAUACCAUUCUUACAGCGGCUACCGGCAGAGUCGUUUCAGCAGAUAACUCAAGUUUCUCAACUACAGCACUUCGAGAAAGGUGAGCCGAUAGUUAAAGCAGGCGAAGCAGGUGAAGGACUGUAUAUUAUUUGGAAGGGCGAGUCUGAAGUUUUAAGGAUAUUAGAGGAGACCAAGGUGGAGCAACUUCCACCGGUUCUGAGGAAGGGCGAUCAGUUUGGGCAUGCUUGUCUUGGACCAAGAAAGCAACUCCACAGUCACGAUAUAGUUGCUCGCUCAGAGGUUUCGUGUAUUAUUAUUCCACAUUGCGAAGCUCAACUGCUUUCUCCAACAUCGACAUGGAGACAUCACCCUGAAGAACUGACUUUAGUGGAAUGUCUCUUACAGCUAGAAUUUAUAAAGGAUGAUUUGUUUCGAUUCAACCCCAUGGCUGAGGCACCUUCAUUUUGGAACAACAUGUAUGGAGGUCACAUAGUAGGCCUGGCUUUAGGAGCUGCAUGCAAGACGGUUGAUCCUGCUCUUGUUGUCCACAGCCUUCAUUCGUACUUUAUCUACUCCGGGACUCCAAGUCUACCUGUCAAUUACAAGGUGGAGAGGAUUCGGAAUGGUCACACAUUUGCAACGAGACAUGUGCAAGCCAUACAGAAAGGGAAAAUAAUCUUCGCCUUGUAUGCAUCUUUUCAGAGGGCAGAAAAGGGACUGGAGUAUCAAUAUCCGAUGCCUACUAUGCCUACACCCAAUGAGCUUCCCACUUACGAGGACUUGCUGGGGCCGCUUUGCGAUGACAAACGCUUGUCUAAGCACAAUCAGCAGGCAUCUUCAUCGAGCUUGAGAAUGAACCAAACAUUGGACCUGAAGUAUCACAACCGUAGAAGCCCAUUGUCUCUGGAACCUCAAGAGCCUCGGCAGAGAGUGUGGAUGCGGACAAGAGGAAAGCUUAGCGAUGAUCUGGCCCUUCAUAGGUGUGCCGCAUGUUACGCUUUUGAUUGGUCCUUUUUGGAGACAGCAUUAGGGCCUCACAACAAGUUGGUGAAUAAAUAUCCCAUAGUUGGCCUCAGCCUUGAUCAGUCGGUAUGGUUUCACCGACCAUUUCGGGCAGAUGAGUAUCUUCUCGUUGUGAUGGAGAGUCCUCGUGCAUGUGACGGACGUGCAUUGUGCGUUGCUCGAGUCUACACAGAAAAUGGCGAGCUAGUGGCCUCCCUUGCUCAAGAAGGAACACUCCGAGUAUUUGUCUCACCAGAAGAUGAAAAAUCUCUGGUUUCCAAGCUCUAAACAUAUCCUCUGGGCAAACUGAGGCCCAGUUUCUAGCACUGACAUGUUAAAAUGCUUUCUCACUUUUUUUCUUUUUUUUCUUUUUUUAAUUCUUUCAUAAUCUUCCAUCCCAAGAGUAGAGUGGAUUGGAUUUUGUGACACCUCUUUACUUCAUUCAUGUUUUGUUCAUCUUGAUGUAUCACAAGAAGGUAUCGUGCCAGUCGAAAUUUUAGUUCCAUUAAAGUAAAAAUGUUGUUUAAUGAAACAUGGUAGUACAGCUAUGCUUAUUACUAUUGAUUCCUAGCAAACCUGGACAUAUUUCUAAAAUCAUUAUUUUUCGAAUCAAAUCAUCGAUUUUAACAAUUUUAAUUUUUUGAAGGCUGUUUAAGCUGCUGGAUAUUUACUAAA